GAGAGUUCGCGACACUGGCGCUGCCUCCGUUGGCUCCUUCGUUUCCUCGAACCUUCUCCUCGCUGAAGCAUCUCCAAGUAAAACGAAAGCUUAAGGGAGUGGGGCUUUGUUACGUCGAAGAUGGCAGAGAGCUGCGGGCCGGACAUUCUGUGGUGCUCCAUAUGCCUGGAUCCGCUGAGGGGCCCCGUGACCCUCCAGUGCGGCCACAGCUACUGUCAGGAGUGCGUCGACGCCUACUGGGACCAGGGCGACCGCCGAGGCGCGUACAGGUGCCCCCAGUGUGUGCACACGUUCACCACCAGGCCCGUGCUGCACAAGAGCAUAGUGCUGGCUGACGUGAUGGAGAAGAUGUCUUGCGGGGGAGGGAACCCCCCCGCGGCCCCCGCGAGGGAGGACGUGCGCCCGGGGGACGUGGAGUGCGACGUGUGCACCGCGCGGAGGCUGAGGGCCGUGAAGACCUGCCUGGUGUGUCUGGCCUCCUACUGCGCCACUCACCUGCAGCCCCACUACCACUCGGCCGCCUUCAAAAGGCACAAGCUGGUGGAGGCGUCCGGCUCCAUCCGGGAGCUGAUCUGCCCCCGGCACGACAAGCUGCUCGAGGUCUUCUGUCGCACCGACGGGCAGUGCGUCUGCCUGCUGUGCGUCAUGGAUGAGCACAAAGGUCACGACACCGUGUCGGCCGCCGCGGAGAGGAUGGAGAGACAAAAACUAAUCGGAAAGAAAAAACAAAGACACCAGCAGGGAAUACACGAGAAAGAGAAGCAGCAGCGAGAGCUGAGGCUGAAAAUUAAAGCACUGAAGUGCGCUGGAGAUGCAGCGGUCAAGCAGAAGGAGAAGGCCUGCGCUGAAAUUGUCCGGCUGGUCGAUGAGAGGCUGUGUGCUGUGACCAAGGGGAUCAGAGUCCAGGAGAAGGCGGCGGUGAGUCGAGCCGAGGCGCUCGUGGAUCGUCUGGAGAGGGAGAUCCGCGAGCUGCGGAAGGGAGAUGAUGAACUGAAGCAGCUGUCCGUCACCGAGGAUCACAUUCAUUUCCUGCAGAACUCCAAGGCCAUUUUCAACUGUCCAGAACCUGACGAGUCCCCAGAUCUCAACACCCACAUACACAUAUCUUUUGACUUUGUGACAAAGGCCAUUUCUGAUUUGAGAGACAACAUGGAAAACAUAACAAAGGCUAUUACAGAAAUAUCUGAGACAAUUCAAACUGAUCCUGAUCUAAAGACAAGACAAGAGUUCUUCCUGUAUUUCUGCCGCCUCAGUCUGGAUCCAAACACAGCAUUCGAAAACCUCAUGCUGUCCGAGGGAAACAGCAAGGUAACCUGGAGGAAAAAAGCUCAGCGCCACCCACACCAUCCGGAGAGAUUCACCAAAUACGAUCAAGUGUUGUGUACCGAAGGUUUAUCUGGAGUGUGUUACUGGGAGGUUGAAUGGAGGGGGCCCAGGGUUGAGGUCGCCGUGUGCUACAAAGGGGCAGAGCUGGAAGAAAGUGGCUUUGGCUACACAGACCAGUCCUGGUGCAUGUCCCUUUCAAAAUCUGGCUGCACCUUUUGGCACAAUGGAUUCAUGAGUAAAAUAACCGUCCCCUGCUCCUCCACCGUGGCAGUGUAUCUGAACCAUGACGCCGGGAGCCUGUCCUUCUACAGCGUGUCCGAUUCUGGCGAAAUGAUGCUCCUUUACAGAGUUCACGCCGCCUUCUCCAAGCCUCUGUACUCCGGGUUCAUGGUCUCCAGAGGUUCCUCUGUUCGGAUACUCACACAAAAGUAAAGGGUUGCUUACAUGAACUAUCUGUAUUAAGAGUAUUUUUGGUUUUCUUUGCGCAUUUUAUUGUGCAUUUGUUAAACACCAGUUAACAGUAAAAGAAUUGACUGUUGAUUAUUGGUCAGAAUAGUUCAAGCCUUAUUGUAUUCUUUUAAAUGCAAGGAAAAUAUGACAGUGGCACAGAAUGUAAUGUUUAUUUUCAAGUGUUUGUUACUUCUCACCCUGUAAUAAAACCAUAUUACACUGGACGAAAAACUGUUUA